AGGAUGGAAAUUGAGCCCCAGACACCAGAGCAAGUCCUAGACCCAGCGGAGGGUUGGCUAGACAGACGGCGCGAUGGCGUUGAACACUCAGAUCCAGGCUGCCUGCCUGCUGGCCCUCCUCCUUGCCAGCCUGACCAGUGGCUCCAUUGUCCAGCCACAGACAGGACAGCUUGCAGACCUCCAGCCCCACAGUACAACCGAAGCCAAGGCCAGCUUCACGCCCACACUGCAGAGGCUAAGGAGGCGGGACACCCACUUUCCCAUCUGCGUUUUCUGCUGUGGCUGCUGUAAGAACACAAGGUGUGGGAUAUGCUGCAAGACAUAGAGCCUCCUUCCCUAACCCUGUUGCCCUCCUUUAUUUAUUCCCGUCCCCUUCCAAUAUCCAUCUUGGAAUAAAAUGGCCGGUUCUUUUAUUUUUCAAA